AUGCCAACGGUUACCGACACGCAAGCGGCGGUCGCCGCCAACACGGGCGCUGAAGAUGCCAGUCUCGCCGGUUCUGGGGAUAUGGAGCUCUUGGCGAAAAUGGGUUACAAGCAGGAGUUGAAGCGACAGUACUCGACGGUGCAGAUUUUCGCGGUCGCAUUUAGUAUUAUGAGUCUGGUUCCUUCUAUCGCAUCGACUAUUUCGUUUUCGCUGCCGGCUGGACCGGCAGGCAUGGUUUGGGGCUGGUUGACUGCGAGUAUCUUUAUUCUAUGCGUUGGUUUGGCAUUGUCGGACCUGGCGUCUGCGAUGCCAACAGCCGGUGGUCUUUACUGGUGGACACACUACUUUGCGGGUAACAAAUGGAAGCAUCCGUUGAGUUUCAUGGUUGGAUACAGCAACACAUUGGGGUUGAUUGGAGGCAUUUGUUCUGUCGACUAUACCCUCUCCACGAUGAUCCUCGCAUGCGUUUCGAUUGCCCGUGACGGAGAAUGGUCAGCAUCCAACGGCAUUGUUUACGGAGUCUACGUCGGAUUGAUCGUCCUUCACGGAAUUUGCACCGUCUACUUCGGCACUAUUAUGCCCAAGAUUCAAAACUUUUGUAUCUUCAUGAACGUCGCUCUCAUCGUCGCUACGGUCAUCGCCCUACCAGUCGGAAAGGUUACACGUGGAGAAUCGUUGAACGAGGGAAGCUGGGUGUUUGGACAUGUAGAAAACCAAACGACCUGGCCGACGGGAUGGUGUUUCAUUCUGGCCUUCCUGGCUCCGAUUUGGUCUAUUGGGUUCUUCGACUCGUGUAUUCACAUGAGUGAGGAGGCGUUGCACGCCGCGAAGGCGGUUCCUCUUGGUAUCAUGUUGUCGUCUGGCUCUGCUUGUGUGCUGGGAUUCUUGGUUUUGGCUGUGGUCGCUGCUUGCAUGAACCCGGAUGUCAGCGCUACGAUCAAUAGUGUGUACGGCCAGCCGAUGGCGCAGAUUUACUACGAUGCGCUUGGGAAGAAGGGUGCUCUCGGAUUUAUGAGUGUCUUGAUCGUCGCUCAGUUCCUCAUCGGUCUCAGUUUGAUCACCGCUGCCUCCCGUCAAGUCUGGGCCUUCUCCCGCGACGGCGCUCUCCCAUUCUCCAACGUCUGGCGCCACGUGAGCCAUCGCAUCCGCUACCAACCCGUGAACGCCAUCAUCGGAUUAAUCGUCGUCUCCAUCAUCUUCGGCCUGCUGUGCCUAAUCAACUCCGUCGCCGCCAACGCGCUGUUCUCGCUGUUCGUCGCCAGUAACUACGUCGCAUGGGGAGUCCCCAUCCUGUGCCGUCUGGUCUGGGGCAAAAACAACUUCCAACCUGGAGAGUUCUACAUGGGCUUCUUGAGUAAGCCAAUUGCCAUUGUGGCUGUUGUGUGGUUAUUGUUCGGUUUGGUGUUGUCUAUGUUCCCUAGCGAUGGACCGAACCCGUCGCCGGACUCGAUGAACUACACUAUCGUGCUCAACGGCUUUGUGUGGAUUGCCAGUGCGACGUACUACAUUCUCUUCGCGCGCAAGUGGUACACUGGCCCGAAGAUGACGGUCGAGGCACAUGGUGGUUCGCCUGGGAGUGCAUCGGGGGAGGACAAUGAUACCAAGGCUUAA